AUGAAAGAUUUAGGCCGCCUCAAAUACUUUCUUGGCAUUGAAAUCUCUCGAGGUCCAACAGGAAUGUUUCUUUCUCAACGAAAGUAUGCUUUGGACAUUAUCGCUGAAACUGGAAAUCUCGGGUCUCGCCCGGCUGCGACUCCUCUCGAGCAAAAUCAUCAACUUGCCACGGUUGACAGUCCACUUCUCGAUGAUCCUAAGAAGUACCGUCGUCUACUAGGGCGUCUGAUUUAUUUACUCAACAUAAGGCCGGAGCUGUGCUAUUCGGUCCAUUUGCUGUCUCAGUUUAUGCAAGCUCCCAAGUUGGCUCACUGGGAAGCUGCUAUACGUGUUGUCCGUUACCUCAAGGGUUCCCCUGGUCAAGGCAUUUUUCUUCACUCCGAUCCCGAUCUUACUCUUACUGUGUAUUGUGACGCAGAUUAUGAUUCAUGCCCUUUGACUCGUCGUUCCCUUAGUGCUUUUGUUGUUAUGCUUGGAGGCUCUCCGGUGGCUUGGAAAACUAAAAAGCAGGAUACAGUUUCACAUUCUUCCGCUGAAGCAGAGUAUCGUGCCAUGGCCGUUGCUCUUCGCGAGAUAAAAUGGUUCCGCCGUGUUCUGUCUGAUCUUGGAGUCGAUCAGUCUCAACCAACUCGCUUGUUCUGUGACAACAAAGCAGCUAUACAUAUUGCCUCAAACCCUGUCUUCCACGAACGCACCAAACACAUAGAAAAGGAUUGUCAUGCGGUUCGGGAUGCGGUUCAGGAAGGAGUCAUUGUCACUGAUCAUGUCCGUUCUGAAGAGCAACUCGCGGAUAUACUUACUAAGGCACUUGGCCGUGCGCCAUUUGAGUAUUUGCUGUCCAAGUUGGGCGUUCAAAACCUUCACGCUCCAACUUGA